GGCCGAGUUUUGUUUGGCUAAAGUCGGCGCACAAAGUCGAAGAGCUUUUGCUGUUUCCUCCACUUGAGUGAUUGUAGCGCCACGCUGCACCACUUAGCUCCACUGUGGACCGCCCUCCCCCAGUGGAGGGAGCCCCUGCGUCCACUUGAAAGCCGUGCAGGGACAAUCGUCCGCUCAGGGCGAUCACCCCGCCUCUCGCUCUUCCUCUUCCCCUCCACUGGCCGCCGUGCGUCAGGUACGUGCAUGCGUAACGGCAAAGACAGAGACAGAUAUCUCUCUCCAUUUGGAUGUGAGCUAAAGGUGGCGUGACGCCCACUGCAGACGAGGACCACUGGAUCCUUUUUAUUUUUUUGCCCCUUUUCCAACCCUCGGGGGCCUCUCCCUCCUACCGCCAGCUGUGCGUCAGAGCUGACAUGACGACCGAGAGCCCUCAGCAGCUGCAGCUGCAGGAUCCUCCGCCUCCUCUGAGAUCCAGUCCGGCGUCUGGCGUCCCGCAUCCCGCCAUGCUGAGCCCCCAAGCCGCCUCGGAAAGCUCGUCGGCUGCGCUCAAAGGAAAGAAAAGCAACUCCGGUUUAAGGCGGCCGGAAAAGCCUCCGUACUCCUACAUCGCGCUCAUCGUUAUGGCCAUCCAAAGCUCCCCGAGCAAGCGGCUGACCCUCAGCGAGAUCUACCAGUUCCUCCAGGCCCGAUUCCCGUUCUUCAGGGGCUCUUACCAGGGAUGGAAAAAUUCGGUUCGGCACAACCUCUCGCUGAACGAGUGCUUCAUCAAGCUGCCCAAGGGACUGGGCAGGCCAGGCAAAGGCCACUACUGGACCAUCGAUCCUGGCAGCGAGUUUAUGUUCGAGGAGGGGUCGUUCCGUCGUCGACCCCGAGGCUUCAGGAGAAAGUGUCAGGCCCUCAAACCCAUGUACCGGAUGAUGAACGGCAUCGGUUUCGGCACGUCCAUCUUACCGCAGAGUUUCGACUUCCAGGCGCCCUCGGCCGCCACGCUCGCCUGUCACGGCAACAGCUACAACCUGCAGGACAUGAUGAGCAAUCCCGUGCAUGCCACGGGAUACGACGGACUGGGCACCGGCCAUCAUGUUCCCCACAUGUCCCCGAGCCCGGGUUCCACGUACAUGGCCAGUUGCCCGGUGCCGUCCAACGGGGACUACGGGCCGGACAGUAGCAGCAGUCCGGUGCCGUCCUCUCCGGCCGUGGCGAGCGCCUUGGACGGCCACUCCCCGUACGCCAGUACGUGCGCGCACUGGGCCGCUUCGGGCGGGUCGCCCUACAUCAAGCAGCAGCCGUUAAGCUCCGGCAGCCCCGCCGCGUCGUCCUCUCUUCACUCCGGCAUGUCGUCGUAUUCCCUGGAGCAGAGCUACAUUCACCAAAACGCCAGGGAUGGCCACACCGGCGACAUAUCAGUGGGGAUUCCGCGUUACCAGAGCCACUGCGACAGGAAAGAUUUCGUGUUCAACUUGAACGGCAUCUCAUCCUUCCACCCCACGGCGGGCACUUCCUACUACCACCACCACCACCACCAUCAUCAUCAUCCUCACCCCCAGAGCGUGUGUCAGGACAUCAAACCGUGCGUCAUGUAAGCGCUGCUGUCGCGACGGACCUCCAAAGACGGACGCAUGCAGUCAAACUGCACGUCCGUCACAAUUAAGGGACUAUUUUUGUCUCUGUUGGAAUUACGACGACUGUAUUCACGUGUUUGCUUCUUCGUGGACCUGAGCAAAUAUGCACUGAAGGAAAAUGAAGGAAACUUUUGCGCCCUUAACACGCGCCUCUUCGUGAUAAUGCUCAACAUUUUGCCGUGUAUUAUGUUUGAUUUUCCACACGGAUGCUGUAUUAUGAACUGCUACAAAUAUUGCACUUAUCGUAUAACCAUUGUCCAAAUAUGUCUCUUGUAAGGAGUUUCAAUAAAGCUCUUACAUUGUAGGAGGCCUAUUCAAGCA